ACCACGUUACAAUCACGGUGAGCUUAUAAAAGGCUGACAGGACGCACGGUAACACACUGCGCACUGACUCCACGACGUUAUUGUUUUAUUGACUCGUUGAGAAACAAUCUGGAAACGUUCACGCAGACAUGGAAAAAGAUGCAAGGCCCAACUGGGACAACCCCAUGCAGUUUAUGCUGGCAUGUGUAUCAUAUGCAGUCGGACUGGGAAAUGUGUGGCGGUUUCCAUAUCUCUGUCAAAUGCACGGUGGAGGGGGGUUCUUGAUUCCAUAUUUUAUCAUGCUGUUUCUGGAGGGGGUGCCCUUAUUCUACAUGGAGCUUGCCAUUGGUCAGAAGAUGCGUCUGGGUAGCAUCAGGGCCUGGACUGCCAUCAGUCCUUAUUUGGGUGGUGUGGGUCUUGCUAGUGUUGUGACAUCCCUCUAUCUGUGUCUCUAUUACAACAUCAUCAAUGCAUGGAGUUUCUGGUACCUCUUUCAUUCAUUUCAAUCAGUCCUUCCCUGGGCAGAGUGCCCGAUCAAUUCCAACCGGACAGCACCUAUAGAGGAGUGUCAAAGGGCUACACCCACUCAGUACUUCUUCUACAGGGAAACACUGGACAUCUCCUCUUCUAUUGAAGAGAAUGGAGGCAUUCAUACAGGCCAGGCAUUGUGCCUCCUGCUUGCCUGGGUGAUUACCUACCUGUUCAUUGUCCGAGGAGUGAAGUCAACUGGUAAGGUGGUGUAUUUCACAGCCACAUUUCCCUAUGUGGUCCUCUUUAUCUACCUGAUCCGGGGUGUCACUCUUCAUGGUGCCAUCAAUGGUGUCAAAUACAUGUUCACACCCAAGAUGGAACAGCUUGCUGACCCAACUACAUGGAUCAAUGCAGCCACUCAGAUCUUUUUCUCUCUGGGUUUGGGUUUCGGGUCACUCAUAGCUUUUGCCAGCUACAACCAGUACAACAACAACUUUGAGCGACAGGCCAUCGUUGUUUCCCUUAUCAACAGCGGAACCUCCAUCUUUGCCAGCAUUGUCACCUUUGCCAUCUAUGGGUUCAAGGCCACCGUCAACUACGAGGACUGCCUAGAAAGGACGCGCUUGCUGCUGCUGAAUGCCUUUAGUCUAGCAGAGGAUAGCAUCACUUUGGACAAUGUCUUUGAGUGGAUUGAGAAACUAAACACAACAUACCCGCAGCAGUUUGCUGAACUCGCCAACAAACUGGAAAACUGUGACCUAGAGAGUGAAUUGGACACUGCAGUAGAGGGGACAGGUCUGGCCUUCAUAGUGUACAGUGAAGCCAUUAAGAACAUGCCGUUGUCUCAGCUGUGGUCAGUGCUGUACUUCUUCAUGCUUCUGCUGCUGGGAAUGGGCAGCAUGUUGGGCAAUAUCACUGCCAUCAUCACCCCGCUACGAGACUUCAAGGUCAUAUCCCGCAUGAGCAAUGAGAUGUUCAACGGUUUAGUGUGUUUGUUCUGUUUGCUGCUUGGCCUGGGCUUCACCACCACAUCAGGGAAUUACUGGUUUACCAUGUUCAACGACUAUGGAGCCACUUUCUCCCUGCUCUUCAUCGUACUAAUUGAGGUCAUAACUGUCAGUUACAUCUAUGGAAUCAAAAGAUUUGAAAAAGACAUAGAAGACAUGCUUGGUCAUCGUCCCCACUGGUACUGGAAGAUCAUGUGGACAGGAGUUAGUCCCCUUCUCCUCAUCGCCCUCUUCAUCUUCUACAUCAUCAACUACAUCCAGGGAGGGACACCCACCUACCAAGCAUGGAACAAAGAGCUGGGAAAGUCAGUGGUGACCGAGUAUCCUGUUUUUGGUCAAGUCUUCAUUGGGCUGCUGCUGGUGUCGUCAGUCAGCUGUGUUCCCCUCACAGCUCUGUCUGUGUACUGCAGGAAGAGGAAACAUGGCCAUCACAAGAGGCAGCGUACUGUCAGCACAGUAUCUGCUUAGUGAGCAGGUUAUGACAGAGCACACAUUUACUGAGACUAACCUCUGACCAUCACUUGCCUUCCUGGGCACACAUCUCUGUCCUCCAGUUGAACACACAACACUCCUUCACUUCUCACUUAUAACAAGGGACAAUGGAAAAUAGUUGUCUUUGUCCACGCUUUCACACACACACACACACACACACACACACUCACACACACACACACAAAACUUGAAGACAGGGAUAUCAAAUCCACAUAAAAAUCAGGUCAAACCUUUUUGCUCCUUUUUUAAUGUGGGUUUUUUCAGUGAAAACCAUUAAAAAACAAAAAAUCAUGAGCCUUAACAAUACUCUUACACGUAUAUGUAUUGUAUAAUUUCUCUCAGUGUUUAAGUCACAUCAAUACUCUGUACAUUGAAAGAGAUUCCUCACAUUCCACAUAGAGUGAAAAUAAUUCAGAUCGCAUUUUCCACAGUUCAACUGUGGAACAUGUUAUUAGUGUAGAUAUAGUUUGUUUAAUUUCCAAACAUUUACAGCAAAUAUGGUUGUCAUAAUAUGUCGUAUGACACUAGUUUACUAAACGGUCAUAAUAUGAUGAAUGUAUGUAGAUACGUAGUUUACUCAAUGAGUUAUGAGAAGUAGUGUUUAUGUCUGUAAUUAUUUUCAUAUCUUAUACACUGCAAAAAUGCCUUAGUUGUUUCAUGUUCAGCCUUAAAUAUUAAUAUGUAUUAAUAUGUUCA